UUGGUUGGAAACGCUUUGACUCGCUCUUCCUUUAACUUUCCCCACUUCUUCCCUUUUCGUCUGCCUCGCGUCGAGCAGGGGCAGCGACUUAUCACGACCGACGGCAAAGUGGGCGGAAUACGAAAGCGGAAGAACUUCUUCUACUUAGCUGGGGCUCGGAGUCGUUUUUUCUCUGCCAAAAAUAAAACCCCCACUGCUGAAAUGCUGACGGAAAACAGGAAACGGCACCACAGGUGUGACAGCGAGGAAGACCAACAGCUGAGACCUCAGGCCAAGAGGUCAGGACCGGGGCCCUGCCUGCUCGUGUCCGAUCUGGACUCAGAGUCUUCCAGCAGCGAGAGCAGCAAUGGGAUCAGCAGUCCGGAAAGAGCAAUAGAGGCCAGCACCAGGCCGUGCAUACACAGCCAGAGCAACUGCACCAGCCCAAAGCCCGAAGGAUCCGCCAGCUCCUUGCAGCACGGUCUCCAUGGCGACGGGGGAAGUGACUCCUAUGACUUCAUCAACAGAGUCCUGAGAGAGGCGCACUUCAGCAGCCUCCUGACCAGAGGGCGUCCGGGCUCCACAUGA